AUGCUUGUCGAAGAUAGUUCUUUUCAUUGUCGUGUAGUAGUUGUUGGAGAUGCAUCAGUAGGUAAAACUUCAUUGCUUAACCAACUUAUUGAUCACUCCUAUAAUGCAUAUGAGCAAAGCACAGUCGGUGCAAAUUAUCAAUUAUUCGUUCAAGAAAUUGAUGGUGUUAAGGUCGAAAUCCAAAUCUGGGACACAGCAGGUCAAGAAAAAUUCAAGUCUCUUGGCCCAAUUUACUUUAGAAAUUCUUUAGGUUGUGUGGCAGUUUUUGAUAUUACGAACCGCCAGUCAUAUUCAGAUCUACCGGAGUGGAUAGAUUCAUUUUCUCAGGUAGCUGGUCCUGAAACUAUUAUAGCUGUCGCAGGAAAUAAGGCAGAUUUAGAAGAUAGUAGGCAAGUAUUUGCUGAUGAAGCAAAAGAAUGGGCUGAAAAGAAUGGAUACCUGUUUUCCGAGACAUCUGCCAAGACAGGAACUGGAAUUUCUCAAUUGUUCAUGCAAUUGGCGACAAAUCUCCUCAAAUUCCAGUCAUCAAAGCAUAAAUCACAGUCUGUCAUCAAGCCAAAGCAAGACUCCUCGGAUUGUUCAUGUUAA